AUGGAAAACGCAUCAAUUCGAUUGGAAUUUAUAGAGUCUUCAAUUAAGAAUUACAAACAGAAUCUUUGCCACAUUUUCCCCAUACCAGACCUGGAUAAUUUGCUUAAUCUCUAUACCCACAAGAUCGAUGACGCACGGCUACAGCAGCUCCCAUUCGUUAUAGCACUUAGUGUUAUGAUCUCUUUGGAUAAAUCUUUGAAAGAGCUAAGCUCUCAAAGUCACGCCGGGAACCAUAUCGAGCAAUUGGAUUGCUGGAUGACAAAUACUCGGAUAAAAAUCGAACUAAGCACACCGACUCUUCCUGUCGUUCGUGCGUUAUUGCUUGCCGCACUUUGCUACGAGUAUAAUGGCAGCACCACGAUAGCCUCAGAUUGCUUUACGGAGGCAACAAAUAUAUUCAAUGGCACCCUUUGUGCGCUUGGUGGCUUGGAUGGACUUCAAGACAGGCUUCCAGCUGACGAAUUCUGCGAUUUAAUUCUGACGAGCUGGGACUUCUCUAACUUCCAAUUCCCAAUUUUCACGGGCAGAAGACCCAAUUUAUUACCUUUGGUUCACUUGAAUCUGGGGAUAGUCCAAGAGAAAUAUGGCAGACAAGCUGUGGAAAUCCUUCUUAAGAAAUGGUCAUGGAUCGAUCUCAAAGUUCAAAUAUCCAAUCUGCCUGAUCCACCUGCCGCAUCUGGGCCCCUGCUCGCAAUGCUUCGUUCAUUCGAAGCCUUGAAACCUACGCAUCCGGCGCCCAAGGAAGUAAUUUACCCUACUGCUUACUUAGAAUAUGUGCAUUAUUACGCAUAUGUCUAUUAUAAAGCGGUUUCUAUUUACCAUACCCUCUCUCAUGAAGCUCAACAAGAAGUUUGCCCAAAGCUUUUACAAUGUGCACAAAGCUACAAGGAAUUUCUUCAGAAGGUUGAAGAACAUUUAGGGACUGUUCAGAGUUUGGAAAGAAAGCGUCUCAUAUUACUGCUGGGGUUUGAUGAGCUGCAACUUACUAAGGCGUCGGAUUGA